AUGACGUCCAUGGAAGCAGAAAGUGCUGCAACGAUCUUGUGCACCUCUAAGCAAACCCGCUUUAACAUCGGAACCCCUAAUUAUCGUGAACUAGAUAUUGAAGGUCUAAAUAUUACCGUCACGUCAGGGGGUAAGGCCGGUGCCAAGGGGAAAGCUAAGGCAAGAUGUGAAGGGACUGAGAUCCUUGCCAAUGCCAAUUUGAGAUUGAAAGCUGGUCAGCGGUACGCUGUGAUCGGGCGGAAUGGCACUGGAAAGUCAACCCUGCUGAAAGCGAUAGCUGAAAAACUCAUCCCUGGUAUACCAGAGGAAACGCGCGUAGUCAUUUUACAACAGACAGAUGCCGGAGAUGUCAAUACAGAUGAAACCCCGGCUUCUACUUCUAGCCAUAACGAAGGUCCAGUAGUUUUGGAGGAUGUCAUUGAACGAGCUACCGCUAAACAUGUGGUACAGCAGGAAAUUGACAUAUUAUCUAAGGGUGUUGAAGGCGGUGAUUCUUUCAGCGCCUUAAGAGCCUUUCGAAAAGUUCGUCAUGAACGUCUCCAGAAAGAGCUAUUCUUGAAGGAUAAAGAUGCUAGGCUUCGAAGCGGCACUAGAGGAAUGCAGGCUAGGAAGGCCUUGAUUGCAACGGAAAAGAAAGUUGCGAAAUUCCAAUCACAAUGCGAAGAGAAGGACGAAGAUAUCUCACCUGAAACGCUAGCCAAGGAAACGAACGAAGCAGCAGAUAUGCUAGCCGACCUCCAACUCCAAGUCGAGCCUUCAAAACUAGCGGAUAUCGAGUCCAAAGCGAAGAAGGUCCUCACCGGUCUCGGCUUCACCGAAUCCCGCAUGACCCAACCCGUAUCCAGCUUAUCCGGAGGCUGGAAGAUGCGCACAGCCCUAGCCGCCGCUCUCCUCCAAGAAACCGACAUCCUCAUCCUCGACGAACCCACCAACUUCCUCGACCUUCUCGGCAUCAUCUGGCUCCAACGCCACCUAACCACCCUCGCCUCAUCCCCCACCGCACCAACCCUCCUCCUCGUCUCCCACGACCGCGACUUCAUCUCGCUAUGCACAGACCUCCUCCUCAUCAAAGACAAAUCCCUAGACCUCUUCCACGGCUCCCUCCCGCUCUACGAGUCCGCGCGCGAAGAACGCAAAACGUAUCUGGCGAAAGUGAAGGAUGCGCAGGAUAAGCAGAAAGAACAUAUCCAGCAGACGAUCCAACGGAAUCUUCGUGAGGGGAAAGCGAAGGAUGACCAGAAUAAGAUUCGUCAGGCUAAGUCGAGACAGAGGAAGCUAGAUGAUAGGUGGGGACUGGAAACGAGUGCGAAGGGGGGCAGGUUUAAGCUUAAUCGCGAUUUACCCGGGUUCCAUUUUUCGCGGCGUGCGGAGGUGGAGGUUUUGGUGGAUGAGAGGCCGGUGGCGGUUGUGCUGCCGAUGCCGGUUGAGUUGAGGUUUCCCGGGGCGUUGGUUUCGCUUGAGGGGGUUGGGUUUGGGUAUGCAGCGGGGAGAGGGGAGAAGAAGAUGGUGUUGAGGGAUGUUACGCUGUCGGUUGGGAUGGGGGAUAGGGUUGGUGUGGUGGGGUUGAAUGGAAGUGGAAAGUCUACGCUUGUGAAGCUGUUGGUUGAGGAGGCGAGGCCGGUUAUGGGGACAUUGACGAGGCAUCCGCGGUUGAAGUUGGGGUAUUAUGCCCAGCAUGCCGUGGAAGAGCUGCAGAAGAUGGGGAGGGCGGAGCCGGAGUUGACGGCGCUGGCGCUGUUGACGAGAGAAGUUCAUGGUCAGCUGGAUGAGGGGGAGAUUCGUGGUUUAUUGGCUCAGUUGGGCCUUCCGGGACGGCUGGCGUCGGAUGUUCCUGUUCGCAGGCUCUCUGGUGGACAGCUUGUUAGGCUGGAGAUGGGACGCAUACUCUGGCAGCGGCCGCAUUGCUUGGUGCUGGAUGAGGCGACUACACAUCUUGAUUAUGAGACCGUGGCUGCACUUAGAGAGGCUCUGAAGGAUUGGGAGGGCGCGGUCGUGGUCGUGAGCCAUGAUCGGUGGUUUGUUCGUGGGGUGGUGGAGGGGAUAGGUGAUGAUGAAGAGAGCGAAGAUGAGGAUGUGGGGACCGGGUCAAAGGCUACGAGGAGAAGGGUUGUGUGUAGAUUGAGAACAGGUGAGAUGAAGAUUUUGGAGGGAGGGGUGAGUGAGUUUGAGAAAGGGGUCGAGAAGAGGGUUAGGCGAUUGGAGGGGGAAUGA